GUGUUGUUGGCUACUUUGAUGGUGUUGGCUUUGGGUUUUAUAUGUUUUAAGUUGGUAAUGUGUUUUUGUUCGUUACAAGUAGUUUAGACAGAAAGUAACAAAUGGUCACGUAAAAUUAUUUAUUUUUUUAAUUGUUUAAUUCCUAAUGUUGAAAGACCCCGAGCGCUUGUCAUUAAGGAAAAUGAGUACUUCUUCACAUAGUUCGGACACGUUCACAUUGACAGAGCUGACCCCGGAGCAGCAGAAGCUGCUGAUCGACAUCCGGCGCCGCAAGACGGAGCUGCUGCUGGAGAUACAGCAACUGAAGGAUGCCCUCAGCGAGGUGGUGGCUGAGAUGGAGAACAUGGACACAGCUGACGAGAGUGUCCUGCUGUUCAGCAAGAACAACACGAAGGCCAAGCAGAUGUCGUUCGGCCGCAAGAAGUUCAACAUGGACCCGAAGAAGGGCAUAGAGUACCUGACGGAGCACGGGCUGCUGAAGGCGACCCCCGAGGACGUGGCGCAGUUCCUGUACAAGGGCGAGGGCCUCAACAAGACCGCCAUCGGCGACUACCUGGGCGAGCGCAGCGACUUCAACGAGAAGGUGCUGCGGGCCUUCGUGGAGCUGCACGACUUCACGGACCUCAUCCUGGUGCAGGCGCUCAGGCAAUUCUUGUGGAGUUUCCGGUUACCUGGGGAGGCCCAGAAGAUAGAUCGCAUGAUGGAGUGUUUCGCUCAGCGGUACUGUCAGCUCAACACCAACAUCUUCACAAACACAGACACGUGUUACGUGCUGUCGUUCGCGAUCAUCAUGCUGAACACGAGUCUGCACAACCCCAGCGUGAAGGAGAAGCCCACGGUGGAGCAGUUCAUCUCGAUGAACCGCGGGAUCAACAACGGGGGCGACCUGCCCCAGGAGCUGCUCGUGAGCCUGUACGAGAGCAUCAAGACUGAGCCGUUCAAGAUCCCGGAGGACGACGGCAACGACCUCAUGCACACCUUCUUCAACCCCGACAAGGAGGGCUGGCUGUGGAAGCAAGGGGGCCGGUACAAGAGCUGGAAGCGACGCUGGUUCAUCCUGAACGACAACUGCCUGUACUACUUCGAGUACACGACGGACAAGGAGCCGCGGGGCAUCAUCCCGCUGGAGAACAUCCGGGUGCGGGAGGCCCAGGACCGCCACAAGCAGCACUGCUUCGAGCUGUUCGCCUCGGGCUGCGACUUCAUCAAGGCCUGCAAGACGGACAGCGAGGGCAAGGUGGUGGAAGGCAAACACACGGUGUAUCGCAUGUCUGCGGCGACGCCGGAGGAAAAAGACGAGUGGAUGAAAUGUAUACGACAGAGCAUCAGCCACAACCCCUUCUACGACAUGCUGGCCAGCCGCAAGAGGAAGGCCCAGAAGACGAGCGCGCACCACUCCAAGAGCUAAGACGUGCCGUCGCGUGCGACUGUCGAGUCUAGUCGGUGGGAGCGUGCGCGACUCGGGACUGCGGGCGCGCUCCGAUCACCAAUCAGAGCAGAGUGCUGACAAUACUAGUGUGCGAGGAGCUGACGCCGCCGUGUGGAGCUGCUAGAAUCAAAGGAAAUAAAGACUUCGGUUUCCAUUAUUUUUCUAUGCAUAACUGGGACCAUAGUGCAGAAACAUUUUGAUUUCUGGGCGACUUCGAAAAAAUGCUGUAUACUUACUAAUUUGUGUUGGUGCUUUGUGAAGUCGAGGAAGUGAACGGCUGAUGAAGUGGGGCACUGUCCGUUGGCAACCUUUUUUGUUCCCAGUUCGUUAGUUCAAUGUUGGUAGUGUCUGGGCGUGAAGCGUUGCGGAACCUUUUGAAAAGUUUUUUGGUGAUAUUGCGCACAACGAUCCUGCACAUAAUUCUUCCUAUGACGCUGCUGUCGGCAUAAAUUUUCUCUCCUGUAUUUUGUGAUUUUGUAUUGUUGUGAAUGUGAAGUGCACUUGUUUAUGACUGUAUACAGUUCCCCAUUUACUAUUAAAUAGUGCUGUUACGUUGUGUGGGUCCUAAUAGCUUGUUCCGGAGGAAGAGGUGAGAUAUUUCCAUGGAAAUUAUGCUUGGUUUAUGCUAGCCACACCAUGAAUGAAGAUACAGUUACUUGGUAUUUUGUUCCCUGUGAAGACCCAAAAUUUAAAUUUUAAAGAGACUUGCUUUCGAAAAGUGUUCGUUAUGCACAAAUGUUCCCUACAGUUUUUUUACACUAAAGCUUAGCUGUGUGCAGUGGUUCUUUCACUCAGGGUAGGUAGCAAUUUUAAAAUUAUUUACUACGUUUGGAGCAAAAUUUGGGACUGAAGCGAACUUGGCCUGGAAUUAAUGGAGCAAGCUUAGAGAAUCAGAGUUUAAAUUUGAGCAAAUUCAGAGUAAAAAUGCUUAAUCAAAAUAUAUCGGCAGUUUUCCAAACUAUAGAAAAAAAAUUACUUUAGAUGUCUCUAAUAUUAUGAUAUGUUAUAAAAAGGCACAUAAAGAAUUUUUUUUUUCCUUGACAUUAUUCUCUGAGUUUCUCAAGAAUGAAGAACAGUUGAACCUUAACAAUAAUGACUUGAUUUAGGUUUGCCCCCGAGUCCUGUUCCCAGCAGUGUCAAUCAUAUCUCAGCCCACGCCUGGUUCGUCAAGACUCAAGGUUGCUCCAAGGGCAGCUAUAGUUUCAGUGAAUGUGUUAAGUUUCUUGGCAUUACGUGCAUGAUGUAAGUGAAACUAUUCCUCUGGACUUGUGUAAUGUAGUCGCGUGAACGUGGUAUGGUAAAGCAGAUGAGCCCGGAAGCAAGAGUGUGUAUGCUCUUUGUAUAAACAAACAAGUUUUGUAUCCGAGGGAUGACGUUUGUAAAGUUGUGGCAUUUUUAUUUGCCAAAUAUUUUUUCCACUAGAUACCAAAGAAAGGAUGCUUUCUUGUAAGAGACAUCGUGUAUAUUUGAAGAUGCAAGAUUUAUUUUUAUUAAUUGUAUAAUUGCGUGUUCCACCGAUAAAAAAAAAGUUUUACGUAAUCCUCUUAUGAAAACUAUGUAUGGUAAUUUAUGUAUUUAUUCAGUUUCUGUGGAAGUUUAAAUUUGUAGCAUAUUUUUAGUAAUGUAAGGCAGUUUUGUGGUAAAAUUAACUAAUUGUGGUUUUGAUCUGCCUUUGUUAUUCUACGAACUUACACAUCAUUCAUUCUUUUCUUGGAGCUGAGUUGGCAGCAGUGUCUCAGACAGGAGCCAGCCCACAUGCAUUACAUUUUGUCGUGUUGGUAUCGGAGCGUGAGGGACUGCAUUUCUCUGUUCACAUCUCAGUUUGUACAUUUUCUCAUAAUUUCUGUGUAUGUAUGUAAGUAAUCACCUGUAUAUCAUUGUUAGCAUUAAUUUUUGUACAUUAUGUUGUUCGUUAUUUGUUUCUUGUAAAUUGUUUUCUGUAAUUUUAAGGACAACACACAACAAUAUAAUUUAUUGAAUAGAA